CGAGGCCUGUGACCAGUACUCCACCUGCUCCGAGUGCCUGAGCUCGGCGGACCCCCACUGUGGCUGGUGUGUCCUGCUCAACAUGUGUUCCAGGAGGGAUCGCUGUCCGCGAGCCGAUGAGGCGUUCCGGUUCGCCACCACCAUUGAUCGCUGCGUCCAGGUCAUCGCUCACCCGGACAGCAUCGCCGUGUCCAGUCACAGCGUGCCCCUGCUGCUUGAGGUGAAUAAUGUUCCGGAUCUUUCUGCGGGCAUCACCUGCUCCUUCGGCCAGCAGGCGCAGGCUGAGGGCCACGUCAACGGCAACCGGGUGAUGUGUCUCUCCCCCGACAGCAGAGAGGUCCCACGGAUCCCCGAGGGACAGGACUGGUCUGGGGUGGAACUGCGUCUCAACUCCAAGGAGACGGGUCAAAUGGUCGCCAGCACUGAGGUCAAGUUUUACAACUGCAGCGUCCAUCGCACGUGUCUCUCCUGUGUGAACAGCACCUUCCACUGCCACUGGUGUAAAUAUCGCAACCUGUGCACCCACGACCCCAGCAGCUGCUCCUUCCUGGAGGGACGGGUCAACGCCUCAGAGGACUGUCCUCAGCUGCUGGACUCGGGUCAGAUCCUGAUCCCGGCGGGCGAGGUCCGGCCCAUCACGCUGCGGGCCCGGAACCUUCCCCAGCCGCAGUCGGGCCAGCGCGGCUACGAGUGCGUGGUGCAAGUGCAGGGCUCCAGCCAGAGAGUCACCGCGCUGCGCUUCAACAGCACCAGCGUGCAGUGCCAGAACAGCUCGUACAUAUACGAGGGUGGUAAGAUCAGCGACCUGGCGGUGGACCUUUCCAUCGUGUGGAACGGCAACUUCAUCAUCGACAACCCCGCCAAGAUCAAAGUGAACCUGUACAAGUGCAGUGCCCAGCGGGACAGCUGCGGCAUGUGUCUGCGCGCGGACAGGAAGUUCCAGUGCGGCUGGUGCAGUGGCGAGGGCCGGUGCACCAUGAAGCAGCACUGCCCACCGCUGUCCCCUUACGCCAGCCGCUGGAUGGACCAAUCCGCCCGCAACAUCAAGUGCACCAACCCGCGCAUCACAGAGGUGAGCCCCGUGGCUGGGCCAACGGAGGGCGGCACCAUGGUCACCAUCCAGGGCCUGAACCUGGGCCUGUCCUUCUCAGAGCUCCAGGGCAACGUGGAGGUGGCCGGGGUGGCGUGCACCCCCCAGGAGGAGGGAUACAUCACGGCCGAGCAGUAA